UCUGAAGAGAAGAGAAAAUCUAGAUUUAGGUCUCAUCUCUUUCGUUUGGACGGACACAGCGUCCUAACCCGAUCUGUACCUAAUUUUGUGUAUUGAUUACGUGUUUCCGUCCAUUUCGCGAGUGUCAUUCAAAUGCAGGGCAGUUUUAGGAUUCAGCUCAUAAACAUGGGGACACGGGCGGCGGCCUAGGUGACUCGAUUCUCCGGCCUUAUUUAUAGAAAAAGCUUUAUGUGUGUCCCUAAUGCACUCCACGCAGGCGUUCGAUAAUAUGCAGCUUGUUUUGGAGCCGCUGAAUCUGAAAGUCACUGCGAAGAUCCGGAGCCUGUACGACUGCCAGCUCCGGUUGAUGCACAACAUACAGCCACUACCCUCUGGCACGGAUAUCGCUAAUACCGUCAAGUACUUCUCACAGACGCUCCUCAGUGUUUUAAAAGAUGUCCCAAGAUCACCCUUGGAAAUGAUCCGCGAUGCUGACUGCGAUGCGGAGAGAAUGGGAUUAUAUCCCAAUUUAGAUUACAAGGGGUUGUUUAAUGCAAUUUCUCAGCUCGUAGAUUCUGCUCCCCACUUACAAUAUGGAAUACAAGCAUUCGGUCAAGCUGUGCUGCAAUGCUUGGGCUGUUUGCUACCUUUCAUGGAAUAUGAUAUGAUUGAUAAUUUGCCGUAUCUAGUGGCAUACUGUGUCGCAGUCUUCCCCGCGACAUUACACCAGGAAAUAUUGAACCUACUAUGUUACUAUAUAUUACCGUUCACCAUAACUCGCCGAUACUCGGGAUUAGAGGAAGAAAGUGAAGCCUCUCAGUCUGUGGGUGCCAUUAUAAUGAUGGUGUUCCAACAUUCUAAUAACCCUGCUCACCACUGCCAGCUGCUGGAAUGCCUGAUGUCGAUGAAGCAGUGGGUGGUGAAGGACCUGCUGUGCGUGAUCGCGUACGGCACGUGCGGCGCGCGGGUGUCGGCCGCGAAGCUCCUGUUCUACUACUGGCCACCCUUCGACGCGAAACUCUUCGACAGGAAGGGAUUGCUUUGCAAGUUCUCUAACGACCUGGUGCCGUUCCUGUGCCAGCGCGACCUGUGCGGCAACGCGGGCGCGGCCGAGGCGGCCAAGGUGUGCUACGACCACUGCAUCAGCGUCACCUUCGCCUCCGACACACCGCCCCCGCUCUACCUGUGCAUCGAGUGCGCCAACGAGAUACACAGGGAACACCCCAACCAACGUUUCCACGACAUCCUACAUCCUCAGCAGCAGGUUUCUAUGGUUUGUGAGAACAAGAACUGUCGCUCAACAGAUAAGGCCGCUUACUCGAUUUGCUUCUCAAACGAGUGUGCGAGUUACAACGGCAACCAUCCUAUCAGAUACUGCCAUCAGUGCCAUGGUAACCGACACAACAGUCGCCGUGGUGGUGACCACGUGGUGCACACGAGGCUACCACCGGCUUGGCAGAUGGAUAGUGACAUGCAGACUAAUCUUGUAGAGGCAAUUAUUAGCCUCUUGAAAGAAGCGAAACCGAACAACAUGGAGGAUCCCGACGUUGUCGUCGACCGAAUGAAGGCACCGCUGCACGUCGACCUCCCGGACCCGAUAUCCAUCGAAGACAGACAGCUGCUCGGAAGAUACGGAGUAUGGCUGAUGGUCGGCCUGUGCACCCCGAACCCCGACACGCCCGACGAGGUGCUCGGGCGCCUGCUGUCGGUGCUCUUCCACUGGUUCCACGUGACGUCGUACUCCUACAGCGGGGAGACGGCGAGCACGGUGGAGAAGCUGAAGGUGGAGCACGUGUGCCCGUGGCUGCGCGACAUCGCGGAGCGGCACCGCGGCGUGCUGGUGGCGUGCCUGCUGCCGCACCCGCCGCAGCACACGCGCCAGGCCGGCCACUGGGACACGCUGGCCUCCAAGGCGCACCACCUGCGCGACGGCCUCAACAGGCUGUACUGCUUAAUCCCCUACGGAUUAAUAACUCAGUCCAUAUGGGACUACAUCAUGCCCGCUUGGAUGGAAGCGAUAUGCACUGACGUACCCGAAUCUGAAUUACUAGAGCUGAAAAUAGCGUUGACUAAGGUCCUGGAACCGGAUUGUAGCAUGGUGGGCAUGGACGAACGUAACUUGUACAACUUCGCUACACUCAAAGUGACGGACAAACCGCAACCGGACACGGUGUUGCCAGUGCUAGAAUGGUUUCAGACAGUAUCAUUUCUGGAGGUGAAGAUCCCGCUGACAACGUUAUUCGAUCUCUUCAGUCAUUGCGUUGUAAACUUGCCUGAGAAGAUUUGUAAACCGCCGGGAGAUAAUAAACCAAAAACCGAGAGCAACGAACCACUGCCCGAAGAAAAGACGAACGAAAUGAAAGACGAUGAGACCAAACCGCAGAAUCUUACCUGCUGCAUUCUUAUGCUAGAUAUUAUAUUGAAACAGAUGGAGCUACAGCACCUUCGCAUUAAUAUCCAGAACGUCAGUAGUGAAGCGACGAGGCUCCUACGUCUGAUGUUGAAGUCGAACCAAAUGAAUACCAUCGAACAUGCGGAGUGCCGCUCGGGCGGCGCGUGCGCGUACUGCGAGGCGGCGGCGCUGUGCCACCAGCUGGCCGUGCGCCUCGUGCGCCGCCUGGCGCCGCGCGCGCCCGCGCUGCGCGAGGCGCCCGGCGACGACUGGGCGGAGCCGGCCACGCGCGCGUCGGAGGACGAGCGCAGCAAGUCGGGCGACGUGCCGCCCGCCGACGCGCCGCCGCACGCGCCGCACGCGCCGCCGCUGGCGCUGGCCGACCGCGCCACCGUGGGCGGCGUGCUCGUGCACAUGCCGCAUUUUGUUCAUUUCAUGCAACUGUCACUAAUAAGCGACGUCGGUUCGGACGCCACACUGACUAAAUCGUCAGGCGAUACUCAAAUAAUGACGGCGACGGUGGAGACGAUCACGGAGCAGCUGGACAUGGCGGUGUCACUGCCGCCGCCCGAACAGCCACCCGUGGCCACCGCGCACUUCGUCACGCUCACCGACACCGACGUGGCCACCGCCACGGCCAACGUGUCUACCCCAAACCUAUUAGGUGAUCACGAUGGUGAAUCAGUAGAAGAAGAUAUGACAAAUUUUUGGCCCACUUCUGCCGGAAAAUUUCACUUUUGCAUUGAGGAGUUACCUCAAGAGCUGCAGUACAUACAUCAGUUACUGCAGGAGCUAAAGAAUACGAAGCGGCCUGAUGUCCUAUAUCACCUACUUCAGUGUCUACAAGUUCUUGUUUUGAACACCGACGCGCUCGCUGAACACAAAGGGUUUUUAAUAUGGUGUCAGGAGAACCUACUUAUUGAUAACCUGUGGAACGUGUGCGACGCGGCGCAGUCGCACAUCAGCUCGGUGGCCGUGCCGGUGCUGCUGCACUGCGUGACGCUGGCGGGCGGCGCCGACGUGUUCUGUGCGCUCGUGCGUGACGCCUUCCACCACUCCGACCCCACAAAACGCUUCACCGCCGUCGAGAGGGUCACCAUGCUCAUCAGGUUCAUGGACGGCUCCCCCAUAAAGUCAAGUUUGCCGCUGCAAACAGCGCUGGCUACUGCAUUCUGCUACCUCAUCUCGAGUAUGGACGAUAUCAGCGUGUACGUCGCGCAGCGCGCCACACUCUACAUCGGCACUAUACACGAUAAUGCCAUUGAUCUGCUGCUCUACUGUCUGGAGACGCAGUUCGACUUGGUGGUAGUCGACCGGCCGAUGAUCCUGCAGGCCGUCUACCAGCUGCACAACACCCUCAGCGACAGACGCAUCCUCACCUGGGAGUUCUUCCUCAAUCGAUUCGAGGCCCUGUUCCUGGAGGCGCAGAUCGAUUCGAACAAGAACGCCGACGCGUCGAACACGAGAGGCGGCGAGCGCGACAAGGUGUACUCGCGGCAGUACUCGGCGCCGCUGCUGAAGCGCAAGACGUCGCGCUUCGGGCUCGGCCUCGGCCUGCUGCCGCACGCGCCGCCCGCCCCGCGCGCCGCCAACGCGCAAGAUGGAAUUAAUUCUCUUUCCGGCCGGUCAGACGAAACUCUGACAACGAUCGUACCCAAAGCAUCCGACUUGGAAGAGGCUGAUAAGGAAACCACUAAUCUGCUGGUAUUCCUAUUGAUGCAGUUUUUGUCAAGAUCGGAUCAAGCGCAUCCAACUGAAGACAAAACAACUCAGAAGACCCAGGAUUUAGUUCUUCGACACUUGUUCUUAUUGCUUGGAUAUAACUCCGUGGAAAAAUAUUUUACAAUAUCACCGCAUACACUUCGAUUAUCGUCAAUAUUCAACGCGUUCAUGGCCAAUCUGCCUCAAGUGUUGGAUCAAAACCAUGUGAUGGGGGCCAGCAUCGCUGAACCCACGCUUAUGUUGCUGCAGCACUGCAGCCGACCGGCGGUGCCGUCGGGCGCCGGCGGGCUGCACUCGCUGGCGGCGCUGGAGCCGCACGUGCGGCGCCACUGGCUCAUGGCGCUGCUCGUGCUGCUCUACAAGUACCACUACAGCAGCGGUCCGCUGUGCACGCUGGUGGGCUCGCUGGUGCGCUGCGUGCUGCAGUCCGUGGAGGCGCAGCACCACCAGUGUAAGCGCAUCCCGCCGGUGCUGUUACUACCGCAGCACCAGCAGCAACAGCAGCACCAGGUGCACCAGCAGUACCAGCCGCAGCAGCACCAGCCCGCGUAUCCACAACACUCGCACACUUUAUCUCAUCGUGCCAGGGAGUGUCGCGAGCCGGUGCCGAAGCCGGAAGACCCGACUACGAAGUCCCCGGCGCACUGGCCAGACCCGCCCGAACCUCCCAAGUAUCAGCAGUGGAGCCUGGAGCAGGAGUCGUCCGAGAGCGAGCUGAUCGCCAUCCCGGAGACCAGCGACAAGUCCGACACCACCGUGCACGGCAGCACUGCACCUGGUUCAUUCGACGAGCCGUCGCACUACGAGGACACACCCAACGCGUGUCAUGCGCAAACAAUCGUAUCUCCCUACCCGAAUAUCAGUAAAGUCCAUCUUCCUGGGGGGUCGAGAUCAGGUCAACAGCUUUCGACUAGCUCGUCAGUGUCUGUCGGCAGUGAUUCGUCAAAUAUGAAAUCGACGCCAAUGAGCAGCCAUUCGGUGGAGACCUGGUCAGAUCCGAUCAACCAGCUGAACUCUCCGAGGAUAAGGUUGCUCGGAAAACAGAAGAGGAUUGUAGUGGCCGGCAGCACGUCGCCCGAAACGGCGGCGUCGACCAACGGAGACGCGAGCCACGCGCACCAAGCGCACAUUGCGCACAACGCACAAGCCCCGCCCUCUGCGCACCACGCGCUACUCAGGAGCCCCGGCGUGGCGUACGCGUCGCCCGAGUCCCCGCUGUCGAAGAUGGAGCUCGCGUGGAGCACGCCCCCCCCGACGGGCCCCGCGCACCCCCCGCACCUCUUCCACAUAGCGCCGCCCGUGCCCGAGAGGCUUCUGCCCAUCGGCCCUAAGCCUAACAAGGAACCGUACCCAGUUUUCAACGCGCUGGUAGACAGAGUCAGAGAAGCCCUCAAUGUUCAUGACGAGUCCGUGGAGCGGGCGGACUCCGCCGAGCACGACCAGCGCGCCGCCGACGCGCCGCGCUCCCCCCGGCGGCUGUCCCGCCAGCCCGCGCAGCUGGGCUCCCCGCCGGCGCCCCGCCCGCUGGCCGCCGUGACCUUCGAGGGCGGGCAGAGCUGGUGGGGCGCGCCGCGCCGCGCCGCGCGCCGCGCCGCGCACGCCGCCGCCGCCGCGCCGCGCGCCGACCUCACGCUGCGCUACCGCUGUGGUGAGUGCGGGGGUGCCAUGGAGCAGUACAGCGACGAGGAGUUGGGUUUGUGCGUGAUCGUGCUGGCCACCUUCGUGCGACGUGAGCCCGCCGCUGCCGCUGCACUGCUGCCUGCAUUGCUGCACAGUGUCACACGAGUGGUGCAGCUGGGCAGCUACUCGUGGCAGGCGGAGAGCAGCACCCGUCUGCCGGGCAGCGCCGUGUUCGUGGCGCACCAGUUCUUGCGCUGUGUGCUGCACCAGCUCGCCCCCAACAACGUGUUCCUGCAGCUUUUCCUGCAGCGGACGCCCGAGAAGCAAAGGCAAAUGUUCUUCAAGAGCGUGGCGCAAGCGUUCGUCGACUUCAACGAGCUGUACCCGUGCGGGCCGCUCCAGCUGCUCAUCGAGCAUCUCAACUCGAAGAAGACCCUGCCCAUCGACCAAAUGGGCGUGAUCGCGGGCAACAUGGCGAUGUACCUGGAGUGCCUGGCGCCCGAGGCGCUGGGCCCGCUCAGCGCCUGCAGCGCGCUGCUGGCCGCGCUCGAGACGCUGCUGCGCGCCGUGGCGCUGCAGCUGCCGCAGCUGGACGACGCGCUGCCGCUGCUGCGCGUGUGCGCCGCCGCGCUGCGCGUGCCCGCCGCCACCCACCACAAGAGCCUGCUGGAGCCGAUGUCGAAGAUCGUGAGCUACGCGAUCCAGAACUUCACGGUGCGGCUGUCCGUGGUGAGCGAGGUGAGCGCCGGCUGCAUCCGGGCCUUCGCACGCGACCGCGAUAAGCUGCUGCUGUGCCGCGUGCUGGUCUACGAGCUGCUGCACGCGCUGCGCACCAAGACUACCGUGCCCGACGACAACCUGUUCAUCCUGCUGCAGUUCGUGCUGCAGGGGCACGGCGCAACGCUGCUGCUACCGCCGCAACUGCAGGCGGGCGACCUGCUGGCGGGCGGGGCCGACGCGCGCGAGCUAGCCGGCGGGCCCGUGGACUGCAUGCGUCCGCACCUGGCCGACAUGCUGGAGUUGCUGCACGACCCGCACCUGCUUAACAAGAUUAAGGGCUCGGUCUCGAAGUCGAUCGUGAACCGCAACCUCAUCUGCCUGAACGAGGACACGCUGGGGGCGAUCGUGAAGGGCGGCAUCGCGCAGUACGUGGCCAUGGAGCUGGCGCUGGAGCAGAGCCGCGGCAAGCAGGACCGCGGACCCGCCCGGCACGUGCUGCCGUGGCUGGCCACGUCCUUGCCGGGGUCGCGCGACGUGAACGAGUGCGUGGGUCGCGUGCGGCAGGUGUCGUGGGUGGUGCUCGGCGCGCUCAGCAAUGCGCGCCACCACCCGCUGCAGCUGCCCGUGCCGCUCGACGCCACCUGCCACCUCACCGACCUCAUACAGAGCAUCAUGGCGUCGUACGUGGAGUCUGGCGGCGAGGCCCCCGUGCGCAUGAACGCGCUGUGCGCCGCCUUCGUGCUGUGCCAGCUGUGGACGCUGUACGCGCAGCGCGCCAACGCGCACGACCUGCUGCUGCACUUCUGGUGCAAGCUCGUGCCCACGCUGGCGCAGCUCACGCAUGCCUCGCGCCUGUUGGCCGAAACGGUGAACCUCCACUUCCUCAGCCUCCUGGAGUCCCUGCUGGAGUGCAACUCGACGGUUCUCAACAAGCUGCUCCCGCUGUGGGCGCCCAUCCUGCACUCGCCGCUGUUCACGAUGCCGCCCCACGUGCUGAGCCGGCUGCGCUGCUGCGGCGAGCUGCGGCCGUCGCGCGCCAGCGCCGCGCUGGAGCACCGCCGCCUGUACCGCCUGCUGGCGCGCCUGGCGCAGCUGGAGCUGCAGCCGCACUCCUUCUACUUCAUAUGAGCGCGCGAUCUUAUUCUGUUAAUACAAUAAAU